AUGUCGAUGGACUUGCAAGCCAACCCAGUCAAUGAGAUCCUUUACGUGAGCUUUAACCAGGAUUUCACCUGCUUCGUCUGCGGUACCGAGAGCGGAUUCCGUGUCUACAGCGCGGACCCUUUCCACCUGACUUUCAGAAGAGAUUUCGAGGAUGGCAGCGGCCUGGGAGUCGUUUGUAUGCUGUUUCGGACGAACAUCUUGGCCUUCUCGGGGGGCGGAAAGAACCCGCGAUUUCAACCCAACAAGGUCGUCCUGUGGGAUGAUCGACACACCCGGGUCAUGGCUGAGCUCAGCUUCAAAACGACUGUGAAGUCUGUGAGGCUGCGACGCGACCUGGUUGUUGUGGCCACCCUGAACAAGGUGUGGGUAUAUGGCUUAAAGACUUUGAGCCUCAUGGACUCAAUCGAGACCACAGACAACCCAAAGGGUUUGUGCUAUCUUUCGUCUGGAGAUCGCAUCGUGCUGAUCUGUCCUGGCAGACAGCAGGGCAGUGCGCUGGUGGUGUUCUACCCUGAGAACUACGGAGACCCGUCCGCACCGGGGGAGAGGGAGCGAACCGUCAUCAAGGCUGCUCACGACUCGCCCAUUGCCGCCAUCGCGUUGGAUGCAAGCUGCUCCCUCAUUGCGACGGCAUCAGAGAAGGGAACGAUUGUUCGGGUGCACGAGUUGCAGCGCGACGGCUUGGCGCAGGAACUGCGAAGAGGCUUGGACAGAGCAGAGAUCCACUCGCUCACCUUCUCUCCGUCAGGCGAGUAUUUGGCCGCCUCCUCGGACAAGGGAACGGUGCACAUCUUCGCCAUUCAGCGGCCAGGAGGCGGCACUUCUGCGGCCUUUGGCUACAGCGCGGAGGCUGGAACCUCCAAUGCGAAGUCCAGCCUGCAGAGACUGUCGCGGGUUUUGCCUGCCUAUUUCUCCUCGGAGUGGAGUCUGGCGCAGUUUCGCGUCCACGACUACCGCUACAUUGCAGCCUUUGGUGUUGAUCCACACACAGUCAUCAUCGUGUGUGCAAACGGCUCCUACUACAAGGCGCGCUUUGACCCUGUGAAGGGGGGCGAGAUGGUGCGCGAGGAGUACCACCAGUUUGAUGACGCCUCUGCCGGCGGCGGCGCUGCCGCUAAGGCCCGAGAGCCAGCAGAGCCGGAGGUCGCACAAGAAUCGAGUGGUGCUCGAGGUUCAGCGAGUGAAUCAUGA